AUGUGUCUUGUGGGAUUUGUGUCGGCGGUGGCGGGUGGUGGCACGCGAGCUGCCACCCUGCCCAUCGACGGGGCAGGACAGGGACCCCCAGCACACCUGGGGGGGCUCAGCUGCCGCAUGCCCAUGGGUGUCCCAGGCGAGGGAGGAGCCGAGGGCAGCCCUGACCGCGGGCUCUCCGGAGCAGGCAGCGGGCCAGCCGGCUCUGGCACCCGGCCCGGAACUCUGUCCUGCCCCUUCACUGUGACUCUGCAAAACACCGGGGCGGAGGCCGUGACGAUGACGAUGGCCGGGCAAGGAGGAAGUAGAGGGGUACGGCUGGGCGCUGCACUGCUCGGGGCAGAGCGCAGGGCUCGGCUGAGCACGACGGAGGAAAGCCAAGGCCGGCCGGCAGCCACAGCCAUGGCAGAGGCCGAGGACAGGAGCAUCCACACCCAGCACAUCUCGGCCGUGCACAACGUGCCCAUGCGGGUCCUCAUCCGGCCCAUCCCGGCAGAGCUGGAGCCGGGAAAGGUGCAGAGCCUGAUGGAGACCCUGCAGGAGGAUCCUGAGCGGGUGCCCCCCAUCGACGUGCUCUGGAUCAAAGGCAGUGAGGGCGGCGAUUAUUUCUACUCCUUCGGGGGCUGCCACCGCUAUGCUGCCCACCAGGCACUGCGCCGGGAGACCAUCCCCGCCAAGAUCAUCCCCUCCACCCUCAGCGACCUCCGGACCUACCUCGGCUCCUCCACGCCUCACCUGCGCUAGCCCAGCAUCCCGAGGAUGCCCAGCAGCCCCUUCUAUCCCUGUUGGUUCCGAGCCGUGAGCCCUUCAUGAGGAUGUGGUCGGCGUGCCCAGCCCUGGGGAGUCCCCAUGGUUCCUGCAGGUGGGAUGGGUCAGGGUCCCCAGACUCGGAGGGUCCCCGGGUCCCGGCAGCCGGGAUGGGUCGGGCUCUCACCGGUACCGGGAGGCGCCCGGCGGGGCCGGCAGGUGGCGCUGUUGUGCCGCGCUGCGCCGCUCGGAGCGACCGCACGA